AUGUCCUCCAUCUACGGCACUUACAAAGGAUGGUAUCUCCCGGGAUUCGAAUCGGACGAGUCUUUGGAGCACAAAAAGAUCGAGCAGCAGAUGGACGAAACGGAAACAUCUGCUUCGAACGAAGAAGCCUGCGCAUUCAAGUACACCGGGCAGACGGUGAACAAAGCGUUCGUUGGGAAGGUGACGCAGCUUCUGGUGGGCAAUGGAAUCCCCAACUUUCUCUUCGGUGACAUGAUGCUCCGUUUCUUUGGAUGUGAGACUGACGUGCUCAGCAUCAAUCUCUCGAUUCCGGAUGAGCUCCUGGACGAGGCGGCCCGAGUCUUGCGCCAGGCAGGCUUUUAUGACGGUCCCAUCGAGCCCUUUGAUGUCGAGGAAACCCAGUGUUUCCUAGAUUCCCGAUCGCACCGAUUGCACGGGGAGCAGCGACCUUCCCUCGCCUGGGGGUGCCGAUACUUCGACGACCACGAGUACUACCGACACUCGGGAGCUUGGUGGCUGCCUACACAUGUGUUCCAUCUCAGCCGCACACCCGGCCGGCUAGGUCACGUUGAUCUCAACCUCUUCAUGCACUCGCGCUACUUUUGGGACCUGCCGGUUCCUAUCCUGGCGCCUGCCGAGGAUGACCAAAACUCCUACGUUCUGUCAACCGACCGCCGCCUUCCAAGACCGGUUUGCUUCGGCCCCAGUCGCCAUGCGGUCAAGAUGAUUUCGCCCGCUCGUCUAGUCGAAGCCCUGAUUCUCCUUACCUACCGCGAUCUACAUCUACCGCGUCAACGCUGGCUCUGCGAUUGGCACAACGAUCUUUUCGUGAUCUUCAAGAUGGUCAGUGGAUGGAAAUGGCCUGAGGAGGACCCUAGCCAUACUGGGUAUCUCGAAUUCACCAGGGCCGAUACCCACGUAAGACCCAUUCGCUUGGAUGGCCGGCGCCUGCACAGGCGAAGCGAGGUGACGGGUCUGGAUCCGAGAUGGCUUCGACUGGCAGCCUUUCAGUCACCGUUUCAACAAUACUUCGAAUCGCUGUUCGAGACGGCGCAACUGCCACCUAGUUCCUUCCUACGCACGCCGCCACCCAUGCCCACACCAAGCGAAGAAGAGAAAGAAAUAGCGGAAUGGGAGAAGAGAAUGGAGGAGGCGCAACCCCAACCCAUCCUCCCUGAUGAGGCAUGCGAUGAACCGACGGAAGCAGAAUGGGAAGAAGAGGAGAAGAGCAUGCGGGCACGGCGCCUGAGGUCUGACGGCGUCAUGGUGGGGCCUCUAUUGGAGUCUCGCGACAGCAAGGCCAUGGACGACUUUGCUCAGCGCCUGGCAGGGGCGUGGCUCUUGCCCGAGAGUCCUUUCGAUGCAUUCAAUCCCAAGAUCAAGCGCCUCGAACCUGAUGUGCCAACCACCUGGCCUUUGCGGGAUGGCUUUCGGUAA